AAGGCACGCACGCUUCCGGAGUCGCAACGCAAUGGCAAGCUCGAAUAAGUUAAGAUGUACGCAUUACAUUGACAAUCUUAAACCCUAGCUAGGAACAUCCUUGUCCGGCUAACCGUAUUGGAAUAGCAGCGCAGAUUCACCACGCACGUAUAGCUGUAGCGUCCAGAACCAUGGUGGUUCCGACCAAUCAUAUCCCCGAAGAUGUGCUUACAGACAUUCUCUCGAGGCUCCCUGUCAAGUCCCUCGUUCGAUUCAGUCAAGAAGAAAACCACACAAUCUCCUUGAUAUCGAACAAAACACUGGAUGUAGCAGCCAAGAUAGAUGCUCCUCAAGAAAUAAAGUUUGGAAUUAUUGUGGGUUCCUGCAAUGGCUUAGUCUGUUUAUCUCAGGGUUCAGUUAUUCUCUUAUGGAAUCCUGCAACCAGAGAACAUAAUAUUCUCCCAACACCAUGCAUAGACCCCAGGUUUCCAAAUCUGUCAAUCAUGAAAAUCUCGGUAGGUUUUGGUUUCCAUCUCGAUGACUACAAGGUGGUGAGGAUUGUGUACUUUAGAGGCCUGCAGGAUGGAAAUCCAGUUCAUGCUAAAGUUGAACUGUACUCGACGAGUACAGGUUCUUGGAGAAUGAUCAAUGCCGUCGUUCCCUGUGACAUAGAGCAGCGCAGGUGCGGGGUGAUCCUGAAUGGAGUGCCAUAUUGGCUAGGGUUUGGACCCUUUUGGCCAAACACAAUCUUCGGACCUGGGGAGCCUCGUCGUGACGAGUUUGUCUUAUCUUUCGACAUGGGCAAGGAGGUAUUCGACCUGGUGGGCCUGCCAGACCCAGAUGCCAAAGGUUCUUGCCAUAAAUACAGCAAGAAGCUAGGUGCAUAUAAGGGAAGUGUUGCUUUAAUCUAUUAUCCCUGCCACGAACAUGUUGACAACUUUAUCGAAUUUUGGGUCAUGAAAGAUAAUGAUCUUGGUAUUGACGAUUGUUGGAGUAGAGUACUGAGGAUUGGACCGUUUUCUAGCAUUGGGAUCCCACUGGGGUGUUGGAAUAAUGGAGUGGUCAUAUGGCAGAACGAUAAAGACGAGUUGUUUCUGUACAACCCCUUUACUAAAGACGUCAAGAAACUUUCAACUCAUGGGGCUACAAAGUUUUCUGCCAGUGUUUCUACUUACGUGGAGAGCCUACUUCCAGUGAUUAACACUGGUAUUAAAAGAUAUGUAAUAGCUUGAGGCUAAGCACAGAUUUUGAAUAAUAUUAAGUAGAGUUAUGCUGUA